AGGGAUUUCACCCCUGCUUUAACUCAUUGUCGUUCUUGAACAUCAAUCGCCAUGGUUCAAUGCGACCUUUCGGUGCUCGUCAGUUCCCAUCUCCCCUAUAACCUAAUGUUCGAUUCUUAAACCUUCCAUCAAUGGUGAUGAAUCCCAUCUCCCCUCUGGCUUGUUUUUCAUUUCUUACCUCAAUCAACCAGAUCUUGUGAGAUGGAUAGAUUGUUCAAAAAUCUAGGGUUCAAUGUCAGAACUGCAAGGUGAAAACGAAGAUUACCGUUGAUUUGAGAUCCUCCCACGAAGAUUCAGGAAUAGAUUUCAUUACAAGACCCUAAAAUCGUUCAAGUCAGAGUAGACUUUGAUCCAUUCAAGUGAUAAAACUGCUGCUCGAUUUGCCAUGUAGACCAGACACCAAACUACCAAGGUUGGUGACGAUGGGCUUUAAGGUAAAACCGAUGGCGCACUACUCUUGGAGAGAAUAAUGAUGAAAAAGACAAACAUAAUUUCCUUAUUUUUGAAGACCGUAAAUUUGCCGACAUUGGCAACACAGUAACAAUGCAGUAUGAAGGAGGUAUUUUCCGUAUAUUGGAGUGGGCAGAUAUAGUGAACUUUUACAUUAUUUCAGGUUCUGGAAUCGUUGACGGGUUGAAAUUAAAGGUUUACCCGUGUGUCUGCUGCAAGUUGUGAAGGCCCUGGUUUGGGGUAUUUUGCUGCUGUUGAAGGACAUGCUGCAUAUGUUUCGUAUAAAAAAUGGUAGAAUUAGCUGCAGGCCUGAUGAUGUUAAGGAGCCCUUAUGUCGUUACACUAGGGGUAUUAUGGAAAACUACAUGAAAAUUGGAAAGUUACUACUACUGGGGAACAAUUUUCUGUUGCUGAACAGGUCCUGGAACUGGUGUAAAUGGAACAGUGAUGUGGGCCCUGGGUUUUCGCUGUUUAUUAAGGCCCAUGGUUGGAUUUUUACGGUGGUAAUGAAGUCCCAUCACAGGGGUAUCAUGCUUAUUUCUUCGAAUCUUCUCAGUGGGUUGGACCCAGGUAGUAAGCUGAUGUUGAAGGCCCACCAGCUGUGCGGGCAUGAUGUUUGGAAAAUACGGUUUUUAUUGGAGACACGAUAGCCCGUAUGCUUGAGUAUUCUAAAGUUGAUGUGCUUCGCAGAAACCAUGUUGGGGAUUGGGGCACUCAGUUUGGAAUGUUGAUUGAGUUUCUCUUUGAGAAGUUCCCAGAUGGGGAGGUUACUGAUCAGGAUAUUGGAGAACUAGAGUUGUUCUAUAAGGCAUCAAAACAGAGAUUUGAUGGUGAUGAUGAAUUCAAAGAGAGAGCCCGAAAGGCAGUUGUUGCUCUCCAGAGUGGCAAGGAAGAAAAGUACCCGAAGGCAUGGGCACAAAUCUGUGAAAUAAGUCGAAGGGGUUUCGAGAAAGUGUAUCAGCGUUUGGGGGUUCACCUGGAAGAAAUGGGUGAAAGCUUUUAUAAUCCCUACAUUCCUCUGGCUCUAAAGGAGCUCAAUGAUAAGGGUUUGAUUAAAGAUGACGAAGGCGCUAAGGUGAUAAAAAUUAUUGAAGGAAAAAAGGCACUUCCUCUUGUAGCUACGGAGAAAGAUGGUCGUUACAGCUAUGCUUCAAUAGAUCUUGCAGCUCUGUGGUCUCGGCUUCCUGAGGAAGAAGUCAAGUGGAUAAUAUUCGUCACUCUUCAGAGUGGCACGGAAGAAAAGUACCAGAAGGCAUGGGCACAAAUCUGUGAAAUAAAUCGAAAGGGUUCAAAGAUAGUUACCAGCGUCAGGGGGUUCACUUGGGUGAAAGCCUUAAUAAUACCUACAUUCUCCAUAUGGGGACACCGGCUUAUCGUUUAAUUUACCAGGAAAACUUGGCCUUCUGGGAAAGGAAGCCAUUCAGCAACGCGAAACAGCUCAGAAGAUUGCCCUUCAAGCACUUAGAGAUGCCUCAGCCAAGCCACUGAAACAGUUGUUUGUUCCCUCAAGAAUAUAUCCAGUUUGAGCAAAUCAGCCAACCCUGAAAAUCCAGCAGACUGUUUUGACCAGUUUCUUGACUUCCAUAGUCAAAUUGUUCAACCAGUAGCUGAAAUGACAUCAAUCAAGGCUGCAACGGUUCAAAUCUCAUCGGAAAACCAUCCACAAGCCUUGCAUGAUAAUACGAAUAACUCAGAUUCAAACAAUGCUUCCAAAAGACGAGCUGCUUUAUACAAAUCAAUAGCAGCAUUUCCCCAAAGAAAUGAUCAAAAGUCGACGAAGCAAAUGAGACCACCGUCAGCUGUUAAUCAAAAGGCGAAUUUGACAACGAUGAAAAUAAGAAUCCAGGGGGGUCUUGUUGCAGUUUAAUUAAUACGAUAACAUUAGGAAUGCAGAUUGAGACCGAGGCUGGGAAUUCCAAUACUCCAAUAUAAGUUUCAUUUUAAGACAUGAUUUAUAUUAAUAUACAGUAGUUGAUUAUGUUGACUAAGAAGCAUUGAAUCCAUUUAUGUAUUCUUAGGUCUAAAUCAACAGUUUACUUGUGUCAUUAUUAAGCAA